AGAAGAACCACGUGAUUCGCGCUAACUGGAUUCCAAGAUGGCGGUGGUAGUGCGGAGUCUGCAAGACCAGCUCGAAAAAGCAAAAGAAAGCCUGAAAAAUGUGGACGAUCAUAUUCGUAAAUUGACGGGACGUGACCCUAAUGAGUCAAGGCCGGGUCAGAACCGUCGGCUCGGCGGCCCCAUGGCAGGCCCGGGUGGAGGUAGAGGCAGGGGAUUGAACCUGCUCAGGCGCAGUCUCUCAGACAUGGGAAGCGGCGGCCCCCCUGCCAAGCAGAGGGACAUUGAAGGAGCUCUGCUGAGGUUGGCGGGGGACCAGAGGGCCAGGAGAGACGCGCGGCAGGACAGCGACGCUGACGAUGAUGACGACGACAAAAAGCCGGCGUUGCAAUCGUCCGUGGUAGCUACCUCCAAGGAGAGAACACGCAGGGACCUCAUCCAAGAUCAAACCAUGGAUGAGCGGGGCAAACAGAGGAACCGGCGUAUGUUCGGCCUGCUGAUGGGGACCCUGCAAAAGUUCAAACAAGAGUCCCACGUCUCCACAGAGAAGCAAAAGCGUCGUACGGAGAUCGAGCAGAAGCUCGAGGUUCAGGCUGAGGCUGAGAAAAAGAAGGCCGAGAGUGAUAAGAGAGAGCUGUUUGAAGAGCGGAGAGCCAAACAGACUGAGCUGAAACUGCUGGAACAGAAAGUGGAAUUAGCUCAGCUGCAAGAGGAGUGGAACAGCCACAACAAUCAUCUGGUGAAAUUCAUUCGUACAAAGACCAAGCCUCACAUCUUCUUUGUACCUGGAAAAAUUUGUUCCGCCACACAAAAACUCCUCGAUGACUCCACCAAGAAACUAAAUGCCGUGUUUGACGAGAGGCGCGAGGCUUUUACCGAACAUCUCAGCAAGAUGGAGGCCCGCCCCCGCAGGCAACCAAACCGCGACCAGGACGGACACAUGGCAGCGUCAGGGAUGGACCACUCGGCGGAGGGUAAGCCCACGGGUCAGGUAGUCAAGGGGACAGGUAACAAGGGGCAUGUAGAGAUGGAGGACGAGGAAGACGAGGAGGAUGAGGAGGACAGGGAAAAGAAGGGAGACAGAAAGGUGACAGCGGAGGACAACAAAGGGGAGGAAGUGUUGAAGAAGGACGAGGUGGAGAUGGUGGAGUUAAUUGAGGAGGAAGAGGAGGAGGAGGAUGAGAAGAAGGUAGGGGAGGAGGGGAUUAAAGACGUAGAGGUCAUGGGGCAGAAGGAGGAAAGCUCAGGGUCAGAGGAGAUGGAGGUGGGGGGUGGGCCAGAGCAGGUGGACAGGAGGGAGGGAAAGGAGGAAGAAACAUUUAGUGAGCAGGGGCCCACUGACCUCCAAAGUGAGAAGCGCCAGGACGCCCAGUCCUCUGAAGCAGCCGCAGCAAACCCGGGCCGCCAGCCCCAGCUCGGCCACACCGCGGGGGAGCCGGCAGUAAAGCCCUCCGAGAACACGGCGUCCGCUCCAACCCCAGAGCCCCAGGCGGCCCCCCCGCAGCCGGGGCAGGAUGUCAUCCCUGGCCCCGAGGUCCAAAACAGGGCACCAGAGAAGCCGGUUGUGGAGGAGAAACAAGGGGACGAGGCUCCCCAAAAACUGCCCGGUUCCCAGGAGGCACUCGGCGCCCCCCCGGCGCCCUCUAAGGGGGAGGACAGUGGGAGAGGGAGGCAGAAGGAAAAGGAGCCAAAGAAGAGUCGCGGCCACAGCAAAAGCUCGUCGUCUUCCUCCUCCGGCUCCUCCUCCAGCUCAGGCUCCUCAUCGUCCUCUGGGUCGAGCUCCUCCAGCUCGUCCUCGUCCUCGUCCUCAUCGUCCAGCAGCCGAAGUCGCAGCCGAGACGGCAGCAAGCGCAAGAGGAGGCCGUCUGACAAGGCCCGGGAUCGGAAAAAAGGAGAGGAGAAGGGUAACCGCAAGCGAGGAGGCAGGGACUCGAAGGGGCCCAAGGAGAAGGAGAAGAAGAAGAAGAGCGAGGAAGGAAGGCCCCGGUCGUCCCGUAGCGAUAGGGAGCAUAAAGAGAGAGACAGGAAGGACAAGAGGCGCUGAACGGGUGGAAAAUACGCUAUAACGUUUUUAAUUGAGCAUUUUCCCUUAAAAUGUCACAAAGGCCUUUUUGAGGUUUUAACAUGAUUAAUUAUUUUCUCAGUUUAGGGAUUUACAAGUUGAUGUCAAAAAGGAACUGAGAACCAUGGAUAUCUUGUUUUUAGAAUCAAACAGGUGCGACAGACAAAAUUAUUCGAGACUUCCUUUAGUUGUCAUUUUUGUCUUCGUUCCGACAUCUGAGUUAUGAAAAGCUCUUUGUGGCGAAGAUCGUUGAAUGUUAAGUUUCAUCUUAUUCGUGACGCCACAGGCUCGUGCAACGCGUCUCAUCGCACUAGUCGCUGUAACUUUAACUUGCACUAGUGAUUUCAAGUUGACAUGACGAUGCUGUUCAGCCUGUUUCCACCCUUUUGAUCAAUGUCAAGACGUGUAUCUUCACCACGUGGGCCUGUGUGUGUGAUUUAGCCCAAAAGCUGGUUUUUGAAAAUGUUUUUUCCAUUUUUUUUGUACCGUCAAAUUUGCUUCAAUUAAAAGGUGAAAUAUA